UUUUACUGUUCAAAAAAAAAAAAAAAAACAUCAAAUACAACAUCAAUGAUGGAACCAGAUUCUACUUGUGAUUCUUCAACCUUAAAUGUAUUCGAAAAAAAUAAAAUUCGUUCAUUUCAAUCAUCAACUAUAACUGCUCAUGAAACGUUUGAAAAUGUUGUUGGUGUGGAUAUGGAAAUCGUAAAUAAAAAAAAUCCAUGUAAGUGUGAUGAAUUGAAGAAAAAAAAAUUAUUAUUGGCCAAAAAACUUGAAGAAUGUUACCAAGAAUGUCGAAAUCUUUUAGAAGAAAAAGAUAAAAUUAUCAAAGAUUUGCGUCAUGAAUUCGAAAUAACGAAACAACGUGAUCCAAAACGAAUGGCAAUACAAGAUAAAAUUCAUGUCGAAAAAUUUGUACAACUUUCAAAAACUUGCAAUAUGAAUUAUCAAUUAAACAUCAUAGUUGAUGAUAUCAUAGAAGAUUUAAAAUCAAAGCUUCUCUUAGCAGAUAUCGGUGCUGAUAAGAUAUCUGAUAAGAGAUUGCUUUUGUGUUUUAUACCUGAAACAAUAUUCAGAUUCAUUUUUAAAAAAUUAAUAAGCCAAUUUCCGCUGUUGGAGAAGAAAUAUAAUGGUUUAAAUUUAAAUUUGGAAAAAAAUCUAUUGCAAUGUUUAAUGGAUAAAGUUCGAGACAAAAAACAAUGGACACAGGAACUGUAUCGUAAAAAAUAUAAAAAUUUACCUGAUUUGCAUUAAGUGGACAUUUGAUUAAAUUCUUUCAUUGCA